AUGUUUUCUCAAUUCCUGUUUAUCCUUCCUCUAUUGGUGGAUGGUGGUGUGGCCUUCCCAUUCCUGAACUCGGUUGCACCUAGACAAGUAACAGGAACCAAAUAUCUAUUUUCCUUUGGUGACUCCUACUCACGAACGCUGUUCUCAAUAACGGGUACAAAGCCUUCGGCUGAUAACCCUAUUGGAAAUCCUCCAUUCCCCGGCACCACAACAGAUGCAGGUCUUAAUUGGAUUGAUCACUUGGUCACCACAUAUAACACCUCUUUAACAUUAUCUUACAAUUUUGCCGUCGGAGGCUCAACAGUAGACGAUAAUGUUGUUCAUUCCAUUACCUCCGGUUCUAAAUCACUAGUCGAACAAACCGCAAUCUUCACUGCAAAUCUUGCCCCAAAACCUUCGUAUGCGCCAUGGACUUCGGCAAAUACUCUCUUUGCUGUGUGGUUUGGCAUCAAUGAUAUAGAUCUCAGUUAUACAUACUCGAACGAGAGUGAACUCUUCACAGAAAUCUUCAACACCUACUGGAAGCAGCUUGACAUAAUGUAUUAUUAUGGGGCCAGAAAUUUCGCGUUGAUGACAGUUCCACCCACGAACAAAAGCCCCAAAAUCCUAGCUUUGAACAGUACGUCACAAGCGACAUACACUGCAAGUAUUGCAGCUUGGAAUACUCUCGUCAAGAACACGGCCACUGAGUUCCAAUCCGAAAGGUCUGGAAGCACCGUCACAGUGAUUGAUACUUCGAUCCCCUUUGACACUGCCAUAAACAAUCCAAAAGCAUACGGUGCCCCAAAUGCAGUUUGCUAUAAUACAAAUGGGGUAAGUUGUUUGUGGUGGAAUAAUUUCCAUCCUGGUCAGGCGGUUCAAAAAUUGGUUGCCGCAGCAUUUGCAGGAGCUUACAGUGGUACAUUUUUCUGA